AUGAACUUGAACGAUAUCGCUCGACUCAAGGGAUGUACUCUGAAGGGACGCAGUUUGGAGACGUCUUGUGGUUGCUCUGCCGUGGAUUCCCUUCUAGGUGGAGCUCUACCGAUUUCAACUUUCUUCUGUGUGGACGAGUUGAACUCUCGAGGCUAUGCUGAAAGCCUUGCGAAGUACUUCAUCGCUGAAGGCCUUUACUGUGGUCAUGACGUGCUCGUGGUGGAUCCCAUGGACGAAGAUAAGCUAUGGAAAGGUAUUCCCACAAAGAUCGAGACUCAACCUGCCCCAAGCUCCUCUGCUGGCCCACCGAUGCCGCCAGAUCCUACGGAAGAUUUACGAAUAGCUUUUCGUUAUGCUGCUAAACCUCAGGUAAACUCUACCGUUGGAGAGAAGAAUCGAUAUGACCUCGGGAAACCUCUUGACAUCUUGCCUUUCACUUCACAGAUACUUGGUUACGAUGGACCACUGACUUAUGAGGCCCUUUACAAGCACAUUGUUGAUUUGUGUAAAAGCGAACGUUACAGUACUGCUCGAGGUCCUUCAAAGAACCUACUGCGGAUUGUCAUAAACCAUAUUGGAUCCCCUGUCUGGAGUGACUCGUCCAACUUGUCAGCCUUUCUCGUCCGUAUCCGUCCCCUUCUACGGAAGUCCUAUGUGGUGCUGUUUGUCACAGCUGCAAGCGAAACGAUGUUCAAAAAGCAUGCCGAAGAGUUGUUUGUAACAGCUGACAUCUACAUUCAGUUAGUUGCGAUCUCUGAAGAAGAACAAAAGAAAUUGGCGAGUUUAGAGAAGUAUCAUGGCUACUUGAGGAUUCUGCGUCUACCCAGAAUCACUUCAGUCGGCACUCACAAUCCCCCCGUUGAUUUAGUUUUCACUCAAAAAAGGAAUACCUUUGAUGUGUCUAUUCUACAUUUGCCUCCUGCCGUAGGUGAAGGCGACAAGAGCUCCACCUCUUGCGGUAGUAUUGACUUUUAA